GUCUUAUCUAAUUCAGUGGGUAGAUCUAUGAAGAUUGCGUAUUCAGUUUGGACUUUGUACCUGACAUUAAACAGAAAUUUCUCCUUGGAACAUUUAGUGUAAUUCUGAGCCAGCUAAACAAGUAACUUAUCAACACAAAUAAGAUAUUGGAUGUUUACCUCGACAAGGAAUCAAAUACUUGGGAUAUGAACAACUACAAUAUGUACCUGUGUUUGCUUGACGUUAACAUUCUGAGGCUUGGAAUGGAAAACCUGGAUUCCUCUUCCUAGUAACCCACAUCAGUGAUCAUCAGGUAGCUAUGCUUGAGUGUCUUUACAAUUAUGUUUUAUGAACACAUGUGCCUGGAUUGGAGCUCGAUGUAAAGUCAAGAUUUAGAGACAUGAAAUGAAGUCUAUUUUGUGACUGUUAUUCAAUAUCAGUUAUAUAUAAUAGACAAGUUGUUUGGGUCUAUUUAUAAACUUCCUUGUCUCUUCCACAACUUUUUCAUCAACAUGGCAACAACCAUAGGUCAAAUCCCUCUCCGUACCUGUACUGAACACAAUGGGAGACCACUGGAACUUUACUGUGAAAAAUGUGAUAAACUUGUUUGUCUAAAAUGUCAUUUAUCUACUCACAAAGGCCAUGAUGUUUGUGAACUCAGCGAUAUUACUCCUACAAAGAAACAAGACAUUCAAAACUUUAUUGACAGAACUGAACAAAAUGAGCUAGUACAACUUAGGGAAUACAUCAAAUCUACUGAUACACUUCUUAGAGACAAUACGAGCAAUUUUGAGAAUCUUUCACACAAGUUGAAAAAGCAAACAGACAAAUUAAAACAAGACCUCGACUUCCUUACAGCACAGACACUCUCUCUUUACCACAAAAUGGAGGAGGAUAAUACCAUGCUUAUACGGAAAUACAAACAGGACCUUGAAAUGUAUAACAAGCAACUCGGACAACUAAUUCAGGAAUGCAAAGCAGCACUCCAGCAUGGUUCUCACAUAGAAAUCUACGACACAGGAUGUGAAAUUCAUUCCCAAAUAAGCGUCCCUGUAAAACCUGUCCUGGGUACUGCCAGUUUCACUCCAAACAAAACUCCUCAAAAUCACCUAAAGCUGGCCUUAGGUAAAUUUGACGCCUUAGAUCAAGCUUCAACUAACCAGGAUGGGUCAGUAAUUAGGACAUCUGGUGGUCAGGAACCAUCCUCUACAUCACAACAAUCAGAACCAAAAGGAAAGAAGGCAGUGACAAUGUACAAACUACUGCCACAGACCAAAGUGUUGGAGGAGUGGAGGUCUCCUGUUGGUAUUAAUUCUAUAUGCCCCACCGCUGAUGGUCAGGUGUACGGUGUGUAUCACAGUAAAACAUUAACUCUCUUGGACAGGAAGGGGAAAGAAAUACAGGAGGUCAAACACAGAAGAACUAUCAUCAAAGACAUAAGUCUGUCACCAACAACACACACACUGUGGGUCUGUGAUAGAGAAAACAACAUCAUGGAGCUGGUAUCAGGAGGACUAAAACACAGAUUCAGUACCAAGGAGACACCCAGGUGUAUCUGUGUUACUGCCUGUAACCAUGUCAUUUUAGGGAUGACCAACAACAUCUCCAAAUUUACCCCACAAGGUCAAAUGGUACUCACUACAAGUGCUACAGGGACUGGGAAGCCAUUAGUGUGUACACCAGGGAGGAUCCCAGAGUGUCCUGUCACUCACAAUGUCACAGUGGUUCAUAGGAAUAUUAAGGGUGAUGGUGGUGAUGGGACACGUCAUGUUAUUGUUAUAGACACUGAUUUCAGGGAACUGUUUGUAUAUAGAGGUGACAUCCCCAGUACAUAUAAACAAUCAUCACAUAAAGGAGUUGAACCAUUUGACCCCCAGAGUGUGGUGUAUGACAGUGUGGGGAACAUUAUCAUAGGGGACUGGGACAACUACAGAGUCCUACUCAUCAGUGGACGUGGGGAGUUCCUCAGGAUCAUACACACAGACACAGACUGUACAUGUGCUGUAGGUGUAGACAGGGAGGAUGUCCUGUGGGCAGUGUUUGGUAGGAAUGUUAAACUACUACAGUACAGCAGUGGGUGAUUCCUGUGACAUAACUAGUAGGUAUAGUUGCCAUGACAACACACAACCAGACCAACAAAACUGAUCACAAUAAACAAUCAGUCAACAUUCUACCCUGAUUGUAUAUCAUCAUAAUCACUGGAGAAAAUCUAUUCAACAUUCCUAGUGAUAUUAUUGAUUAUGAUCAACAGAGAAAAAACAGUCAAUAUUCUAGUGUGAUUAAUAAUUCAUUCUCAUCAAAGUAUGUGUGGGGAACAAUUUUGUUAAAGCAAAUUCAAUUUGCUACUAAACCACUAAAAUGAACUUGGGGAUUGGAUGUGGGACAACUGUACAAAUGGUGGCUGAAUGUUAGACAACUGGUCUAAUGGUGGCUUGAAUGUGGGACAACUGAACUAAUGGUGGCUGGAAUGUGGGACAACUGUACAAAUGGUGGCUGGAAUGUGGGACAACUGUACAAAUGGUGGCUAGAAUGUGGGAAAACUGUACAAAUAGUGGCUGGAAUGUGGGGAAAACUGUACAAAUGGUGGCUGGAAUGUCGGACAACUGUACAAAUGGUGGCUAGAAUGUGGGACAACUGAACUAAUGGUGGCUGGAAUGUGAUACAACAGAACUAAUGGUGGCUGGAAUCUGGGACAACUGUGCAAAUGGUGGCUGGAAUGUGGGACAACUGGGCAAAUGUCAACUGGAAUGUGAGAAAACUGGACUAUCCAUGGCUGGAUAAUAAUAUGACAACAAGAUUAUUGAUGGCUGGAUAGUGGGACAAUGGUGGUUAGAUAGAAGAUGGUAUGUACAUUAGAACUGUUAUGAGUAGGGUUUUAUUAUUUUAUCCUAUGUAUCUUAAGGUGUACUAGAAAAAGAAAAGGUCGUUUUUCCCCAGAAGAUUAUACAAUUUUAUUUAUAAUUUUACUUUAAGAAGGAAUGAAGCUGGUGACAGAUAGUUGACGAUUAUCAGACAUGAUUUAACUUACAACAGUUGGGGAUAGAGACAAAGUCAUAUAUACUCCACAGCCUCCAAUCAGGAAAUAGUUGAGAUACUAUACUAUGGUGUUGAUAUAAACAAAAUCUGUAAUGACGGCUUCAUGAGAUAUCUAGUCCACAAACUUUUACUUCAAAAGUUUUCAAAUGUGACCUUUGACCUUGAUAAUGUCCAAAAAUCUAAUCAAGUCUAGAAGUUGAUGUUACUCUAUAGUGUAUGAUAUAUCUUGUACAUAACCUUUUUACCUAAACAUAAGCUUCUUACCAAACCUCAGUCGUGUCCUCUGAUAAAUAAAUAGCUUUAAAACUGUGUGAAUGGUUAUCUGAAAGACCACUUAUCUAUGUUUAAGAUCUAUCCUGUAAUGUUUAGAUCAUCGGCUCUUUACUGUUUUGUGAACUACAUUGUACUUAUCAGUCAAUAUACAUAUUUGCUUUGUACUUAUUUGGCCUUUGACCUAGAAGUGAAGGUCACAAUGACCUAUAUGUGGAGA